GCCUUGGCAACCCAACUGGUGAGUGUAUACUCCAAGCCUGGGUUGGAUCAAAACAAGGUUUAUCUUCAGUUACUGUUUACGGCUCUAUUUGUUUUUUACCGACAUAUGAAACUCAAUGGCAUGGACAGAUGAUAAUUACCCACAGUUUCAGCAGUGGAACCAGGACGCACAGAAUGUGCAGAUAAUUCAACAGCCUGCUUCCCAGCAGCCCACCACCAUCCUACAGCAGCUCCCUGCUGCUGUGUCAUCUCCCACUCCCUCCAUCCGGCCAGGACACUUCAAGCAGGACCUGGUGGAGCUGAUGAUGAUCCAAAAUGCUCAGAUGCACCAGGUCAUCAUGAACAACAUGACCAUGUCAGCCCUCAGCUCAUUUGGCCAUUCCCAGCCCCAGCUCCACCCUCCGUCUACCUCUGAGGAGGAGGAUUCAGAGGUGUACCACUACCAUUACCAGCCUCCCCCGGCCUACCUGCCCUACCCAGCCUGGUUUCCUCCACCCCAGCCUCACCCUAGCCUGGUCUACCGCAACACCCCUGAACCCCUGGAGCUAGCACCCUCACCACACAGAGACACCACCAGAAGAGCGGUCCCACCUCCUCCCCCACCCAGCGCUACCAGGACCGUGGGUGCUGACGUCCCUCCAGCAACAGAUUACUAUGACGCUACGGAGAGAAGACAGUGACAACAACAGCAGAAAUCUACAGCUUCCAUUCAUCGUUAGCAAGAUAGAGUCAUUCUAAACGUGUCAUAGUAAACAGAACUACAUUUCA